UUGAGGCCUAAAUGCCUGGAUCUGUGAUCUGCAGGGAAACUUUCAUUGAUGGAUUUUUGGCCUGAACUGAAGCAGAAAGUGAGUCUAACCUGAUCUGACUGGCUGUCAGCCUGUUGUGGUUCCAUCUCUUCCUGAUCUGAGGCCUGAAAUGUUUCAUCAGGUAAAACAGAUGGAGUCUGUCAUAAAGAUGCUGCUGGAAGAGUUUGAUGAUCUGACCUGCAGGAUGUAAAAGAUAUCAGAAACACCCUGAGCUGGGAUUUGGAUGACUGUCCUUAUUUAAGCAUCUAUUGGAGGCUGCUGGCCAUGAAUGCAGACCUGCAGGAACCGUGCUGCUGCUGGUGCAGACGUUCAGCCAGCGUCCGGUGGACAAGAUGCAGGAGCUGCUGUCCAGAAUGCGGAGGCCCGAUCUGGAGUUCGCUCUGAUCAAAUCCACAGAAAAGAAAUCUGUUGUGGGAAAAUGGAAAUCCGCUCCGAUCCAGAAGGUGGCAACGAUGGCGGCUGUGAAGAAUCUCCUCCUGGAAACCGUCGACCGGCUGAACCCGAACGAGUUCCAGGAGUUUAAACGCUUCCUGCAGCCGACGGCCGGCCCAGACCAGUUCCCUCACACCAGAACCUGGAGUCCGGCAGAGAUCCAGAACAGAACCGACCUGGUGAGGGUGAUGGUGGAGGAGGAGGGAGCCGGGUCGGUGGAGAGAACCAGGAGCAUCUUCAGGGACAUGAACAGAACCGAUCUGCUGCAGAUGCUGCCAAGGAGCCGAGCCGGGAUGAAAGAAACUUCAACAAGUGUGGAUUCUGUGGAUUGUGGAAGUGUGGAGCAGGACUCCAGCAGCUGGACCAAAGUGGACCCUGAGCUGGACGGGACGUCUCCGGAUGAAGAUCCCACUUACAGCCUCCAGUCUGCAGCGGGACACUUUGAAUGCAGCGUCUCUGGUCUGCGUUGGGUCUGCAGGGAGAAGGUGGGCUUUCGGUACCGGUUCUGCUCCUGGGUCGGACACAUGGAGAGGAUGGAGAGCAGAGGAUACCGGCCUGCUGGACCUUUGCUGGACAUCUCUGUCCUUACUGGGAAGGUGAUGGAGGUGCAGCUGCCACACUGGGUCUGCACCGACGAUGUUCCUGAGUUACUGAAGAACUUUGCUGUCCUCCAUGUUGGCGACUGUGGAGAUGUUCUGGAGAAAGCGACCCGGGUCACAAAGACCCAUGUCGGGUUAACAGAACCAGUUUUCUCUUUGCUGGGAGCUCUGAGAAAUCUUUUCUUUUCUCCAAGAAUCAUCUGCAACACAUUAAUUUACUACCAGCCCAAAACGUCCUACCUGAAGAUGCACGUCUACCUGAUUCCACCGGAUCCUGCUCUGAAACAGGAAAUCACUCUGAGGCCCGACAGCCAGGAUCCAAACUUCUACGAGGUUUUUAUUGAGAGUCCAGACGAAAACUUCAACCUGGAGCUGCUGCAGACUCAUUCAGAGAAAGUUUGGUUCUGUGAGAUUAGGAAAGAUGAUCAUCCUAAAUCUGGUUCCACUGGAGGUGGAGGAUGUUCAACAGAAACUGUUACUGUGAAGAAAGAAGAGGAACAUUUUGUGGACAAACACAGAGAGACACUGAUCCAGAGAGUGAGGAACGUAGAACCCGUCUUAGAUGGACUUUUACAGAACAAAGUUCUGAUGGAGGAAACCUACGACAGGAUCCGAUCUCUGCCGACCUCUGAGGCUCAGCUGAGGGAAAUCUUCUCCUGCCUCAGAGCUGCCGACGAAUGCAAAGACAUUUUCCUCUCCAUCCUUCAGGAGAAAGAGCCACACCUGAUCACCGACCUCCAGAGGAAAUGUUGA